AUGUCGAACAACUCUUUCCCAACCGACGGCCUUCCGGCCGACUUCACACCGCAGGCCUUCCCGCUGCCUGUCCCUACUCUCCAGCCCGACUUCCGCCUCGUCUGCAACCUCGACGAGCGGAUCCCCAUCGGUCCGACUCCGACGGGUGGACAGCGCAACUGGAUCGGCAUUGGCAACGGCUGGUUUGCCGGCCGCUGGGGCACCGGCACCGUCGUCCCCGGUGGCCAGGACAACCAGGUGGUGACGCCCGAGCUCAGCACCAACAUCGAUACGCACUAUCUCAUGAAGACGAACGAUGCCGAGCCGGCGUACAUUACCGUGCACACCGAGGGCUGGCGCACGGGCGGCCCCGACGUGCUGGCCAAGCUAUUCGACCCGGCACAGGCGGACGGCGUCCCACCAGACGCAUACUCGUUUCGGCUGUAUGUGCAUUUGGAGACGGGCGAUCCGCGGUACAAGCAUUUGUGUACGGGCAUGUGGGUGGCGUCGGGCGCGCGUUUGGGCGUGAAAGUCAUUUAUGAUGCGUACAGAAUCCGAUAG